AUGGAAGUCGAUAUCGCCCCAUACGAGCCACGAAGCGUAUUAGAAACACUCCCAUGCAGUUUACCCCUGUCACAUUUUGACACCGACAUUGACUUUGGAGCUAUUGCCAGUCCAAUCGUACAAUCACUGGGAGGCCUCACGGCAACAGAUCUCUCGUCGACACCGGUAUGGCGCGAUGUCUUCGCCCUUACUGGCACUAUACGGACAUUCUACUCGGCCGACUCUAUCGCCAAGGCCUGGACUGAAACGUGUGCGUCCAGACAGGCCUGUGAUUUUGCAUAUAUCAAGGAUUCGGCAAAACCAACACGCUUGGACAAGGACAUGGGAUGGGUGAAUAUCUCCUUCACAUUUCGCAAUCAAGGAAGCCCCGCUUCCACCUGCAGAGGAAUUUUGUCCCUAACUUUGGAAGACGACGGGCACUGGAGGAUCUGGCUCAUCAGGACUAUCCUGGAGCAGUUAGAGGGAUGUGAGGACGUGGAUAUUCUUCCAAUUAUCCAAGCAAUGCCAAACGGAGUGAAUGGGGAUCACCUACAGAUAAACGGCACGAACGGCAGCCAUACUGCGGCGAAUGGGGCGAAUGGGACCAACUGCCCUCCCAGCGACUUCGAUUGUGUCGUCGUAGGAGCCGGUCAAGCUGGCCUAGGCUCGGCAGGUCGGCUUCAAUCCCUAGGCAUCUCCUACGUGGUGCUCGACAAGAACGCUCAAAUCGGCGACAACUGGAUGACUCGGUAUGAUUCAGCGAGGCUACACACCGCUCGCGAGUACAACCACUUACCCUUCGACCGGACAUUUCCACUUCCAUAUCAAGAAUUCCUUACCAAAUACGACCUGGCCAGAGGAUACAAGGACUGGGUCGAGAAGUUCGGAGUCGACAAGCACAUCUGGUUCAACACAACUCUUGAGUCAGGAUCUUGGGACGAAGGACGCAGAACGUGGACAUUGUGCAUCCGUCGUGUAGACGGCUCAUCUCAGAGCCUCACCUGUCGACACGUCAUCAUGGCCACUGGUGGAGGAGGACAGAUUCCCAUCAUGCCACAGUACCCCGGCCGCGAUGUCUUCCAAGGCACAGUUCUCCAUUCCGCGGAGUUCAAAUCCGCCGAACCCUGGCGCGGCAAGGCUGGUAUUGUGAUCGGGACUGCAAACACGGCUCACGAUGUCGCCGAGGACAUGGUGGAAGCAGGGCUGUCACAGAUCACCAUGGUGCAGCGUUCCCGCACCUACGUGCUGCCAUACGAAUACUUCAAAGUUAUCUCGGACCGGUCGUACAACGCAGAUGUCCCCACCGUCGAUGCCGAUAGAGAGCAGUAUUCGAUGCCGUACGCGGUUUCGAGGCUGUUGAGUCGCAAAGCUUUGCAUGGGAUGGCGGCCAAAGAGCCUGAACGGUUUGACGCCCUGGAGCGGGCUGGGUUCAGAGUCGAAAGAUAUGGCGAUAUCAUGUGGCAUAUCUGCGAGAAGCAAGGCGGACAUUACAUGGACGUGGGUUGUUCGGACCUGAUCGCGAAAGGAAUGAUAAAAAUGCAAUCCAACGCCCUGCCCACACACUUCACACGCACAGGCCUGGCCUUCAGCGACGGCAGUGAAACCCCCGCGGACGUGGUCAUCUUCUGCACGGGCUUCGUGGGGAACAUGCGCACAGAUGUGGCCCGCAUAUUUGGCAAGGAUGUCGCGGCUCGGGCGGAUGACUUCUGGGGGCUUGACGGCGAAGGCGAACUCAAGGGGGCGUUCAAGCGGAAUAGCCAUCCGAACCUGUAUUACAUGGGCGGCACGAUCGGGCAUGCAAGGUAUUUCUCCCGCCAUGUGGCGCUGCAGAUCAAGGCCGAGUUGAUGGGCACGCCUCUGCCCGUCUACGAAGGCGAGCGAAGGUAA